AUGGGCUACGAAGAAAAACUUGUCGCGCCCGCACUAAAGCUUAGACGGUUCCUCGAUAGAACCCCCAACACCUACAAUGUCUACUUCAUUGCCUCCAUCUCCUGUAUUUCAGGUAUGAUGUUUGGUUUUGAUAUCUCCUCCAUGUCUGUGUUUGUCAGUGACAAGCCUUACUUGAACUACUUUGACCACCCAUCUUCGGUUAUGCAGGGUUUCAUCACCGCAGCCAUGAGUUUGGGUUCCUUUUUCGGUUCUUUGUCUUCCAGUUUUGUUUCUGAGCCUUUCGGAAGACGUGCUUCUUUGCUCAUUUGUGGUUUCCUUUGGUGCGUUGGUGCUGCUAUCCAAUGUUCUGCGCAAAAUAGAGCCCAAUUAAUUAUCGGCCGUAUUAUCUCUGGUUGGGGUGUCGGUUUCGGUUCUUCUGUCAGUCCUGUUUACGGUUCCGAGCUUUCUCCUAGAAAAAUCAGAGGUUUUGUUGGUGGUAUGUUCCAGUUCUCUGUCACCUUCGGUAUCUUGAUUAUGUUCCUUAUCGCCUACGGUAUGUCGCAUGUUCACGGAAAAGCCUCGUUUAGAGUAUCUUGGGGUGUUCAAAUUGUGCCAGGUCUUGUUUUGCUUAUUGGUCUUUUCUUCAUUCCUGAGUCACCUAGAUGGUUGGCUAAGCAGGGCUACUGGGAUGAAGCUGAGUUUAUUGUCGCCAAGAUUCAAGCCAAGGGUAACCGUGAAGACCCAGAAGUGCAAAUUGAAUUGUCUGAAAUCAAGGAGCAACUUCUUCUUGAAGAGCACGCAAAGAAUUUCACCUAUGCUGAUUUGUUCAGUCCAAAGUACAGAGUGAGAACUGUGACUGCUGUUUUCGCCCAAAUCUGGCAACAGUUGACUGGUAUGAACGUUAUGAUGUACUACAUUGUCUACAUUUUCGAAAUGGCCGGUUACGAAGGUAACACCAACUUGAUUCCUUCUUUGAUCCAGUACAUUAUUAACAGUGCUGUCACUGUGCCAAGUUUGUACUUGUUGGAUAAGGUCGGUAGAAGAACGCUUUUGCUUUUCGGUGCUGCUGGUAUGAUGGCGUUCCAAUUUGCUGUCGCUGGUCUUUUGGCCACCUACUCUAUUCCUCACGAGUACAAAGGUAACGACACUGUGCGUAUUACCAUUCCAAAGAAGAACAAGCCUGCUGCUAGAGGUGUCAUUGCCUGCUGUUAUCUUUUCGUUGUGUGUUUUGCCUCCACCUGGGGUGUGGGUAUUUGGGUCUACUGUUCUGAAGUCUGGGGUGACAACAGAAGUAGACAAAGAGGUGCUUCUCUCUCCACGUCGGCUAACUGGAUUUUCAACUUUGCUAUUGCCAUGUUUACGCCUUCUUCCUUCAAGAACAUCACCUGGAAGACGUACAUCAUCUACGCUGUGUUCUGUUGCUGUAUGUUUGUUCAUGUUUUCUUCUGCUUCCCAGAGACUAGAGGCAAGCGUUUGGAAGAGAUCGCCCAAAUUUGGGACGAGAAGGUGCCAGCAUGGAAGACCAGAAACUGGCAACCUCACGUGCCUUUGUUAUCCGACGCCCAGUUGGAGGAGAAGCUCAAUGUCAACCAUGCAGAGAAUGCUGGCGAGGACAAGGCUGUUCAAUCCCACUCUUCUUCCGACGGCCAGGUUUAA